AUGAUGCGAAAUAGUGCUAAGAACAAACCGGUCAAGUACAGUUUCAAGCCUGCAAUAGAAUCUGUGACGAGCAUCCACAAAGCUGGAAUACCGAUCCUCGCCGGAACGGACUCAAAUAGUGCACCGGGUGUACCUGCCAUGGUCCCAUUCGGAUCCAGCAUGCAUGACGAGUUGGAAAAUUUGGUUGAGGCGGGAAUGUCAAACUUGGAAGCAUUGAGGUCUGCAACGUAUCUUCCAGCCUUUCUUUACGGAUUGCGUGAUCGUGGAGCCAUCGUUCCUGGAAUGCGUGCAGAUCUCAUAUUAAUUGAUGGAAAUCCUUUGGAGGAUAUCAAAGCUACUCGACGAAUUCAGAAAGUGUGGCUGGCAGGCGUCGAGUAUUUAGGUUUUCAAGACGCCUAA